CUGGUUGCUAGGAUCAGCAAAUAAGUACUGGAGCCUCCGAAAAGGCAGAUGGAGCCCCAGCUCCUGGUCCCCCUUCCCAUCCCCCAGCCCCCCAGGCCGCCAGAGAUGUCACCUUCCACCUGAACACCACCCCAGCCUUGGGCCUGACCUCUGCUCCUUGCCAUCUUGGUUCCAGCUUCUCCAGCUCUGCGCCAGAGGACCAUCCCGUCUUCCCUGCUCCCUGAGGUGCCAUGGCCAGCUCUGACAGCUCGGUGGAGACGGACUCCCUGCCCCACACCCCUAGGCCUGCUCCUGAUCUCCACCUUGAGGCUCCAAAGCCCGAGGUCACCAUCUCUGUGCUGGAAAUUAGCUCCCCAUCCUCCUCCUGCUGGGGCUCCCUCCCUCCCCUGAAGACCACCAGCCGCUACAUCACAGGGCCACUCGCCACACAGAAGCUUCAGGACCUCCUCAGGGACCUUAAAGACAUUCUUAAGAGUGUGGCAGACCUAGGAGGGAGCACAGAAGCAGAAGAAUCUUCUGAGGAAACCAAGAUUUCUAAAGAUGGCUCAGAACACCAAGAAACAGCCAAAGGCCUGCGCAAGGCAGAUGAAGUGGCAUCUAAAAAUCUGCUCAUUCACUUGAAUCUAGAGGAAAGACAGGAAGCAAAGGAGCAGGGGCUGAUAGUAAAAAGCCAGAAGCCUAAGAAUACUGGACACCUUUCUGAAAGGGUAUGGGAAAAGCAUUUGGAAGGAAAAAGAGUCCUUCCCAAAGCUCAGCUGAGUAAGAAAGAAGAAGGGUCCCCUGGGGUCCAAGAAGAAAACGCUAAACUCCGGGACAACAUGGAGCAGCUGCUGCAGGAGGCAGAACACUGGAGCCAGCAGCACACAGAACUCAGCGAACUCAUAAGAUCCUACCAGCAGUCUCAGAGGGACAGAGGAGCAGCUGCGGACAGCCAGCAGGCCCAGCUCCAAAGCCAACCGCCCAGCCACGUGUGUGACAGGCAGGUGCUGGAGGCAGCGGUGUGGAGGCUGAACCAGGACACACACUCCCUGCACCUGGUUGCAGCCCUGCUGGAGACCCAGUGUCAGAUCCUACAGCAGAGAAUGCAGAUUCUCAGGGAGUCCCAGCAGCCCCAGGAGGGGUCAUCACCGGAGAAGCCACCACAGAGAAACCAACAGGCCAAGAACAGCCAGACACCACGGGAAGCAGACCAAGUAGAAAACAGCUUGCCUUGCCUGGUGAGCACCUUUCGCAAGAAACAGUGGGUUUACAGAAGCUCAGAUCCUUGUCUGAACAAGAAAGCUCGCAACAACCGGUUCAACACUCACAUCGCAAGAGCUCUCUUGGGAAGAAGGAGGCCAGCCAGCGGCUUCAGUUAGAAAACCCAGAAGCAGACAGAAAGAGGAACCUUCCAAAAUGACAUCUCACCCUCCAGCCCCAGCCAUAAUAGGUCAUCAAACUCAGGAUGGGUCUUGUGGUUGAACCGAGAAAGAGCUAUGUAGUGAGAAGAUUAGCACUUAUAUUAGUCGCUACAUCAGUGGUCCUGUAAGCUUGACCCUUGACAAGCAGAGGUCAGCAUCAGGGCUAUGACUUCUCGCCUUUACCAUUGACUUGCUGUUUGUGGUGGUGAGAUCCCGUGGCACAUUGAUGGAGGGGAGACGGUACUGGCCCGAGUAAGAGCUAAAUAAAAAAAUAAAAAGGGAAA